AUGGGUUCACUGAAUAAAGUUUUCAUUUCAUUUUUGAUGCUAUUUUUGGUGAUGAUAACGAAUUCGGAAGCUUCUGGUUGGCGGAAUUGGUAUAAGCCACGGCAAUGGAAUUGGAAACAUGACAUCGAUCAUUAUCAUCAUCAUCAUCAUGAUAAUCAUCAAAAACAUGAUGAUGUUCACAGUAAUCAUUAUCAUAAAUAUGAUAUUCAUCAUAAAUAUGAUGAUGGUCAUCAUCAUCAUCAUGAUCAUCAUAAUGGAUACAAAUCUCAGCAUGGACAUCAUUGGAAUCAUUGGAGCUGGAAAGAUUGA